AGACGGCGCAGAGCAGCAGAGAAGCAGCCUGCAUCUGAAUGUAAAGCUACUGUGUCAUCCUCGCUGCCGUUUGUUGUGUCUGACUCUGCACAGGUAUGAUGACUGCCUGGUGGUGCCUAUUGUUGAAAAUACGCCAGAGGAGAAGGACCUGAAAGACCGGAUGGCUCGGGCGAUGGAAGAAUACCCAGAUUCAUGCGCGGUGCUCGUCCGCCGGCACGGUGUCUACGUCUGGGGCGAGUCGUGGGAAAAAGCCAAGACCAUGUGCGAGUGCUACGAUUACCUGUUCGACAUCGCCGUCCAGAUGAAGCAGUGCGGAUUGGACCCUUCAGCCCUUCCGACGGAGGAAAAAGGAAUAAUGUGACAUUCACUGGCGCUUUUUAAAGAGACAUUUGUUGCAGAAAGGUUAGCGGAGUUCAAUCAGCGGAGCAGAUUGUAAUCAUUUGCCUUUCACGCCGGCCUGCUUCAAAUUUGAUGAAAUUUGAUGGUGAGGGCUGAUUCAGGGCUGAAGGAGAUUGAAUGCCUGUGAUCUGGAAGGAGCUGGAGGUACAGUGUAAAGCACUGUGGGACAACUCAUGAGUGAGCAGCUGUCAAAUCAAUGUCCUCAGGUUCAAACGCUUCCCUAUUCAAGUCCGACUGCACUGGAAUCAAAGUCGCGGUGCAUGUCAGGCAUGAGUGUACCGCGCAUCUCCAUUGAUCUGUAUUGACGCUCAACUUCCUUUGCUUCAAUCAAUAAAUAAAAAAAAAAGAGGGAAUGUUAAAA